AUGGCCCUUGACGGUCAUAUGCUGCAGUGCCUACCUGCAGAUUGGCAGCAAAAAAUACACGCCGAAUUUCAAACUAAAUUACGGCUGUGUAUUGAUGACGACAUUGCUGUACAGCAGGCAGCAGAUCAUACGUGGCAAACGUUGAUUAAAGGCACAUCUAGGCGGAUAUGUAAGUUUGAAGAACACCAAGAUUACAUAAAGCAGGCAAGCGACUUCGCAGAAUGGGUACUUGGAUUUGUUAAUCAAGCUUUGAUACAUUUCCAAAAAAUUGGGGCUGAUGGAAACGGAUUAUCAAACACACCCGUCUCUACACAAGACACUGUAACCCCAGCUACACAUACAGCAGUACAAAGGACUUAUGAACAUGGUGCUAAAAUUGCAUCUCUCAAUGACGGUUCAGAUACUGCAACAUCUGACACAAAUUUUGAAAUUUCAAGAACAUUGCAAAACAAUACAUUAAAACAAGGAUACAAGAGUUCUGGCGUUACAUUUGGUAACGGCCAUGUGAAUGGCAAUUUUUGGCAUUCACAUGGCGCAACCACUGGUGGGAAAUCCCACCGUGGUCUCCAGGUUCAAAAUCAACCACAUGUGGUCAUGUCUGAGGUUGAUCCGCUGGACGACACUCUGGAUAACUUAAUACUCAAGCAAAAGCUUAACAGGUUGCAAGGCAAGAGCCAUGCGCCGUUGGGCGUGCUAACAAGAAGCACUAAGUUCUCGCCAGUUGACACUGUCAAUAUCGCACAAUCGCCAUCUAUAGCAGCGAUGAACUGUCCAGAUCCUCGAUAUACGAGCCCGGGCACAGAAGCUAUGUAUCAACUUCCCCAACUGUGCAUUUGGCGACAAGUGCCACUUUCUACACCCGACGAACGCACUAUGCAAACAUUGGCCCAAAUGUGCAUUCGGGGCAAAGUGCGCGUAUAG